CGGGCAAUUUGCUCAAUCUUCUUCAUUCCAUUUCGUUCCAAGAAAGGACCCAUCAGAGCGCUGGCCUUUCUAGGCCUUGAUCCGCUAUAAGGCUCAGGAGAGAGCUGCACCGCAAGCGCUACGAACGAGCACGUGCACUUACUCUCCGUCCGUCCGUUUGUCGAGACUGAAUCGCUACUCUAUCCAUGUCAGAGGGUGAUUCACUGUCAGUAGUCCAAGUUUAUCGGUUCAACGAGCAACGCUGAGUGAAAAAUACCUCCACACGACUUCCAAGUUUACGAUACCCGUAAUAAACUCCACCGCUGCCGUCGACCACAAAGUGGAUUCUUGAUCCUUGUUCCAUCAUUCAAUUGGGCAAUGCCACAAGGAACCGUGAUGUGGAUCAACGUUUGAUCUCAUCCUUCUGAAGACUGAGACCCAGGCCGUGAUCCAAACAGUCGAUGUAUAUAGUAUUAUCAAGUACUACUACAUAUACUGUCUCAUCUUGUCAAGGUUCCAAGCAAACACAAAAAGCAGAGUUGUCAAUGACACAGUCUUGAAUACGAUAGAGCUCAAACUGAGGAAGAAGAGUCUUUGUGUUCCCAUUGAUGUGGUUGCUGACGGAGAAGAAGUCCAACAAAGAUUGAAAUGACUUAUUCACUCCCACAAAAGGGUGAUGGAGUACCUCAACCUAUAUCAGGUGUCAUCAAGCCAUGGAACAGCCAGAACGAGAGGAAAAGCCCACCGAGAUGAAUGAUAAAAUGAAGACCGACAACACCAACGUGAAUCAUCCAAAAGACUCAUUGAACCUUGGCCGGGAAAAACUCCACGUGAAAGUGAAUCAGUGAACAGAGAGUGUUUAUCUUCAAGCCGAUCAAGCCAAUCGUCGUCGAGACGGACAAAGAAAUCAAUCUCGAGAUAGCCGUGAAGUCUCAUCUCGGAUUCCAGAUCUCUCAGAUCGCUCAGUUCAACAUGAAUGUGACGACACAUGAUCAAAACGAGGCCGCCGUCAAUGAGCCAAUGCCGGAGGAUCAAGAGCAGCAAAUCCAGGAGGAGGCCAAUAUGAAUCUUAUGCCGAGAACCUUGCCACAGGACAUCAUCAAUAAUCAAGCGGUGUCUGACCCGGCAUUCUACGCACUCUCCGUGUUUUACUGCAUCGUUAUCUGUGGGAGCGUUUUGGGUAAUCUUUUGGUGAUUACCGCCGUCCUCAGAUCAGCGCACAUGCGCAAGGUGAACAAUAUCCUCAUCGUCAAUUUGGCCGUCAGCGAUCUACUCCUGUGUACAUUGGUUAGUCCGAUGACCUUGAUGGAGAUCCUGUACAAACGGUGGCCAGGACCACACCUUCAAGUCCUCUGCAUCCUGUCUGGAAUGGUCCCGCGCUGGCAAUAUAAAGUGAUUGUCUACUCUGCCACAAGUCGGACCCCGACCAAGUUGUCCAAGGCCUUGUGCUCCCUGCUGUUUAUUUGGAGUGUCUCCAUACUUUUGUCUUGUCCGUUGAUCUUCGCGAUGAGUCUGAAAGUCAUAGAAAUGCCAGAGCAACUUUUGCAUAUCGUCAAAGCGAGCAGUUUGGCUUACUGUGCCGAAGAAUGGGGACAAUACAAAAAGGGACGCUUGGUCUAUUCCAUUUUCUCAUUGGUCGUCCAAUUCAUCCUCCCGUUGACAUUGAUCAGUUUCGCCCACAGUUCCAUUAAGAAGAAGCUUCGAAAGCUUCCCUCGUGGCAAAAGGGAGCGCAGCAAAGUACGCGACACCGCAAUACCUCCGUCACCGUUUUGGCCGCCACUAAAGAAGGUCGUGGGAAGGAAGGGGUGGUUGGGGGAGGUGUAGGUGGUGCUCGAAGGGUCGAGACUAGCGAGAAUGAGACACUCCUCGUGGUGCCUGCGUCACAGUUGGUCCCUAAUGAGGGGAAGACCCUGUCGCCCAAGGGCUCGAAAGUGAGGCUCAGCAUGGGCGUCAAGCGAUGCUCACUGAAAGAUCCUCCUCCUGGUCAGAGCAAUGGCAACGGGUCUCCCACGGAGCAAAUGGAUGAGAUGACCCGGAUCCAGAACACUCGAUUACAGGAGAAAAUUAAGAAACAGGCCCGGACACAUUCGUUGCUGGUGUCCAUUGUGAUUGUCUUCGCCCUCUCGUGGUUCCCACUCAAUAUGCUCAACAUCAUCCUUGACAUUCAUAACAUCUUCCAGGUACGUGGUGGCAGUCCAAAAUGGCUAAUUAAGUUGAGGUUGAAAAUUGAGGACGUGUUGAAUUUACUAAUGAUCUGGCUCGACGAAAAUAGGUUCAAGUUGUCGUGGUUUACAGACGUUUUAGCAUCCUCCAAUCUGCCUUAUGAACCAUUCCAGUUGUCUCUGGGGAAUUGCGCCCAAGGAGCUUCCAUUCAUUCUUACAAGCUCUCUUUUCAAAAAGGCACCAGCCAUUCGUCCAUGACCGAGGAGUUGAGUCGGAUCUGUUUCGCUCUUUGUCAUUUGAUUGGCAUGUCUUCUGCCUUCUCAAAUCCCAUCCUGUACGGGUGGUUCAACGAAGCAUUCAAGGAGGAAUUCCAGAGCAUUGCAGGAUCAAUAUUUUGCUGUCUGUCCGCCUCGUCGCAAAGCAAUUCCACUCUUGAGACCAUUGGUGUCGACCACCACCGAAAGAAAGCCAAAAUGGAACUCAAAUUGGAAGCUGUCGACGAAGUGGACCCUCAAAAGGCGGGCCACCUUUCCCAGCGACCCAAUCGCCAAUGCAACAACAAUCUCAUUCGAUCUCAGAAACCCGGAGAUGUCACCAUUCAGACAGACCGGGAUCAAAAAUCCCCAGAGAAGCUCCAAAUCAUAGUUAAUUCCAAUUCGGAUCAUGGAGCCAAGCAAUUACUAACUUCCAGUCUUUAAUGCGAGUAAUUUUUAUUUGAUGAUGUGCCAUUGAUAUAUGUAAAUAAUAAAACAAGAUGAACGUAUUUUGCAAGGUUUUAACAGUUGUAAACUGUAGAUAUUGUAUACUUGCUAUUUGUCCAAUGAAGGGUUCCCAAUCCAGUAUUUCCCCCUGAUGCUAACCUCUGGCAAACUGUGUCUGCGAAUCCAACACCUUCUAUCGUUAGCAGUUCUCAAAAAUUUAUCCAACAAUCACGCAACCUUUUUCUUUGCCCUUUGUACAAUCUGUCCUUGAUUUUAUUUCGGUGCAAUAACUUCGUUUCGAUUUUUGAGGGGAUGAAAGCACUUUGUAAAAUUUACAACGGGUUAUGUAAAUGAUCGACAUGAUUUUUUUCCAAAAUAAGAUAUUUUUAAAUCGAUACCUAUCAAAAGGGCAAAUUGCAAUCGUUUCAUCAACCGUCAAAGGCAACUUUUAGUAGUGCUCAUUCCAAGAAAAGAAAUGAAAAUAAAUGGACAUUGAGUCUUGAGACAUGUAAUUUUAACAUAGAAAAGUAAUGUCAUAACUUCAAAAUAUCGAAACUAUUACGCCCCUUGAAAUGGUUCGAUGGAAUUUACAUGAUAGAAAAGUGUUUCCUUCAAAUUAAGCCGAAAGUGCACACUUUUAAACAAUAAAACCAGCCCUGUAAUUCAAAUAUGGGAUUGAAUCAUUGCCUUUUGAUUCUUUAGAGCUGGAUUGAAGAUAAUCAAGUGACGAAUAAUAGUAUCAUUUAUUGUUUGACGCAAUGAAAGUCUUAAUUCAGCUUCAGAAAACUGUAACAUUUAAGUUGAUUGAAAUCCCUUGUACAACAAAUGGCUUUUUGUGUCUUCUUUCUCCAAGUCAGCGAAAGCUUUUUUCGAUAGGAAGUGAGUCAACUAUUGACAGUUGAACGAAAUUUGAAAACACUGAGUGCAAAUCCAGCCCAAAUUUACUUGACAAGCAGAAAAUCUCAAGGUUAUUUUGUUUAUUGACAAGCUGUCGAACUGGCGAAUGUUUUCAUCCCUUUUUCAAGGAUACCCUCUUCCCAAAAGUACACCGCUGUCGUAACUAUCAGACUACUUGUUAUUUUUCAUAAUGCUGAAUGUUAUUCUCCCUGUACCAGAUGUGCUGUCAAUAUUAGAAAAUUUAUUUUUAUUCUUGCCUGUGCGAGUGACAAUAAAAAUUAAAGAUCGUCUUGAAA